AUGGAGCCCCGCAAAACCCCUCCGGAGUACUUCCUGGAGAUCUUCGCCGACACCACCACCGUGCGCGACGUGCUGAAAGGUGUCCUAAACCUCAUCUUCUUCCACCGCUACUUCCCCUCCAUCCGACCCGUCACCUUCGAUGUACUCGACUUCACCCUCCCCGCUAUCAAUGACGCAGACCUUGAAACACUUAUAGAGUCCCGCGUAGAGGCCCUCGUCCGCCAGCAUCUCUCCUCGGCUGCUGGUGCGCAGGAUAGGAAGGCGGGUGGGGGCGGGGGUGUACGGGGACGCAUCGCUGUGGAGUUCUAUGAGAAGAAACGCCGGCGCUCGGGGAUGUGGUUUGGCGGACUUGCUGGGAAUGGAGAGGAAGAGGUCUGCUGGGAGAUUUGGACGUUGGAUGUUACCAUUGCGACGCCGCGGACUGAGUCUGAGCGCGCCAAGGUUCGCAAGGCAAUGGGUAAUAUGCUCCAGAAAGCUGCUCUCAAGAUUCUCAACCUUGUCAACAAAGACAAAGAUCAUAUUCCACCAAUUACAACCAGCGACUCAAAUCCCUUCCCCUACCGCAUUGUGGUCAACCCACGGACCGACGGUUGGGGCAACCGCAUGGGCCUGUACUAG